AAGUAUUUUUACUUCAGAGAGUUUCUAUCUGCUUCUGUAAUAAACUCAAAAAAUAAUUUUAUAUAGUUGAACCGAUUGAUUAAUACAAAAUAUCUGUACCACUGUAUUAAUUUAGUCGGAACAAAGGAUACUUUAUAUUUGACUUCAUACAAAACGAAAGCGAAAAGUUUCUUUAUUCUUUUGUACAUCGACAAGACAACCGUUUUAUAGUUUAUUUCGUAAACUUUUCAAACUCACAAAAUAAAAAUAUAAAACCUAAAAAUAUAUUCGCAGUCUAACUUGCAGAUGAAUAAUUUGAAAGUUCGGCAAAUCACACGACUGGUGCGUAACUUCGGCACAACCACGAAAAAUGAUUUUAAAGUGGCUGUGGUUGGUGCUUGUGGCGGCAUUGGGCAACCAUUGGCUUUGCUGCUUAAACGUCACAAACUGAUAAGUAAGCUCUCCAUUUACGAUGUUGUAAAGACGCCGGGCGUGUAUGCCGAUCUGUCGCACAUCGAUACUAAAGUAUGUAUAGAGGCUUUUCAAUGUGCGGAAAACUUACCAGCCGCUUUGGAGAAGGCGCAAGUUGUCAUGCUUGUCGGUGGUAUGGCGCGAAAGCCCGGUAUGACGCGUGAUGAUCUAUUUGCUAAAAAUGCGAGUGUUGUUGAAGAGGUCACAAUGAUUGUUGCAGAGAAAUGUCCGAAGGCUUUAUUCGGCAUAGUAACAAAUCCCGUCAACUCUUGCGUACCGCUGGCAGCUGAAGUUCUAAAAAAAAAAAAUGCCUUCGAUCCUAAGCGUCUUUUUGGCGUUACCACACUCGAUUUGGUACGUUCACGCACUUUUAUUGGUCAAAUAUUGGGCGUAGAACCAUCGAAAGUUGCUUUGCCCGUCAUUGGUGGUCAUUCCGGUCAGACAAUUUUGCCUGUACUCUCACAAUGUAAGCCGACAUUGAAGCUCGAUAAGGAAAAAGCCACAAAAUUGAUCAAACGCAUACAAGAAGCCGGCACGGAGGUAGUUAAAGCUAAAGAUCAGGAUGGUGGCGGUUCCGCUACGCUUUCAAUGGCGCACUCAGCUGCCGUCUUCACAGAUGCUUUGCUGAAAGCCCUGAAGGGCGAUGGCAAGCCGGUGAAGUGUUCGUUUGUUGCUUCCGAUGUCAGUGACUGCGCUUACUUCGCGACGCCCUUGCAGUUAGGCAAAAAUGGUGUGGAAAAGAAUUUGGGUUUGCCGAAGUUGAGCGCAGAUGAGGAGAAAUUGUAUUGUAUAGCGGUGGAGCAAUUGAAAAAGGAUAUUCAAAAGGGUAUAGAUUAUUUUAAAAAGCAAAACAAAGACGAGAAGAAGGAUAAGAAAGAUAAGAAAUGUUAAGGAAGUUGGGUAAUCACCGAUUUAUAUUGUAUACUCUUUUGUGUGCUCUUAUUAUGCCUUUGAACCUAUAUAUUAAUCUCCUCCUAUCCAUGGAUGUGUGUAUAAAUAUGUAUAUAUUUCCAAUAUAUUUGUUGUGUUGCUUUCGAAAAUCGUUA